AUGCCCACCCCUUCUUCAAAUAACGAGUCCAGAGUUGGAGCUACGAUAUCGCACACAUCGUGCCCCCCUGAAGAUGACAGGUCUACUUGGAGCAUACCAGAGAUGGAAGGUACACUCGAUUCUCCGAUUCUAGAUUCAAGAACUACACAACAACCUACACCUCCACCUCAUGAUUUACGAAGAGUUGAUAUGACACCGACUUCUCAAUCUCAUCUGCGAAACACCAAAAGCAUGGAUAUUGAUGAAGAAGCAAAUGGACCCGACAUGUUAUCUCCUGUCAGUGCGGAAGGAGAUAAGCAGGAUGAAGCUGAAAUGCAUACCGCCACUAAUCCACGGAUUCCUUCGCCAUCCUUGGGUUACGAUUUCUCGAACGUUAGAUUAUUACCGUCUUCACCAUCUUCCAAAUUACGACCAGGUAGCAAAUUUCAUGGCACACAGCAAUCAGAACGGCAGGUCUAUGACGUACAGGUCGAAAUUAAACAUGUCGACAUGAGAGAAUCAUUUUUAUGUGGAUACUUACGCAUUCAAGGCCUGACCGAAGACCACCCUACCCUUACGACCUAUUUCGAAGGUGAAAUCAUUGGAUCCAAAUAUUCAUUCUUCACUCAACACGAAGAUUGGGGGUCCACAGAUAAAGUCGAUCUAACACACUGGGCAAAGUUCCAAGCCUUCCGUCCUUUUCAGAAAUCUGCGAAGAAAGGAAACUGCCAUAUACCAAAUCUAGCACAACGAGAUAAUAUUUUUAUGAGAUGGAAGGAACACUUCCUAGUUCCUGAUCAUCGUGUUAGGACAAUUACCGGUGCAAGUUUCGAAGGGUUCUAUUACAUUUGCUUUAAUCAGGUUGAGGGGAGAGUUAGUGGAAUAUAUUUUCACGCGAAGAGCGAGAAAUUUCAACAACUAGAGUUGAAACAUGUUGAGGACAGGGGUCCAUUCGAAGAUAUUUCUGCUAUUAUAACAUCUUCUUUCGCAUAUCUAUUAUUCAAAACUUACCCAUCACCUACUCAUAUUUUCACAUCUACUCGUCGCAUUCCAGCAAUAGAAGAAGAUUUAAAGAUGGAUUUUGCACCCUAUCAAGCUUCCCCAGAAGAAACUCGCGCUCUUUCUCCACCACCACGUACUUCUACCUCUUCUCCUCGUCAAAGUAUCUCGCCCAUCCGUAGAUCCUUCAGUCCCGGAGUUCGCAGUCCGGCAUUCCUGCAAAGUACCAGUAAUGCUGCGGCGAAGAAUGGAAAUUUUGCUCCAAGUACUACUCCGAAUCCAUGGGCGCAGAGAGAACGAGAGAGAGAUGGAUAUUUUCCGACUGUAAAUACUGGUGAUGGCUAUCAGGAUGUGGAGAGCGGGAGGGUUGGAGGGGGGUAUAAUGUUGGGGGAAGUGUAAGUGGAGGUGCGGGGUAUGGUGGGGGAAGUAGAGACGGUUUACAUGAGUUUGAAACAAGUCUCCCGUUGCGGUUGGAUUAUGAGGCUUGUUUGGCUUAUUUGCUUUUGCCGCCUGCUGGGGGUGUAUUGCUGCUGGUUCUGGAGAGGAAGAGUGAUUAUGUGAGGUUUCACGCUUGGCAGUCCGCUUUACUGUUUACGGCUAUGUUUGUCGUACAUUUGAUGUUUUCCUGGAGCCCAUCCAUGUCAUGGUUAUUGCUCCUAGGAGACAUCAGUUUGAUAGUGUGGCUAACUAGGAGAGCAUAUCUAGAUGCGGAUACUCUAGACCGAUGCGAAGUCCCAAUUUUUGGUAGACUAGCUAGUAGUAUACUAGACGACGAGUAG